AUGGCUGUGCUGCUUCUGCUCUUCUUAUUGACAGCGUCUGCGGUUUCUGCUAAUGAAGAUGCCUUCAUUGGUGUGAACAUCGGUACAGCACUCUCUGACAUGCCUAGUCCGACUCAGGUGGUAGCCCUUCUUAAGGCUCAGAAUAUUCGACAUGUCAGGCUUUAUGAUGCAGACCGAGCCAUGCUGCUUUCUCUUGCCAACACGGGCAUCCGUGUAACUGUUUCAGUUCCCAAUGAGCAGCUCCUUGGCAUUGGUCAAUCGAAUGCCACUGCAGCCAAUUGGGUUGCUCGCAAUGUAGUAGCCCAUGUCCCUGCUACCAACAUCACAGCCAUAGCAGUUGGAUCCGAAAUCCUUACUACGCUCCCAAAUGCUGCCCCAGUCCUGGUCUCUGCCCUGAAGUUUAUCCAUUCUGCCCUUGUUGCUUCCAAUCUUGAUGGCCAAAUUAAAGUUUCUACCCCUCACUCUUCUUCCAUCAUCCUUGACUCGUUCCCUCCUUCCCAAGCCUUCUUUAAUCGCUCUUGGGACCCAGUCAUGGUUCCUUUGCUUAAAUUUUUGCAGUCCACUGGGUCAUACUUUAUGCUAAAUGUAUAUCCAUACUAUGACUACAUGCAAUCAAAUGGUGUGAUCCCGUUGGACUAUGCCCUUUUCCGUCCCCUACCUCCUAACAAGGAAGCUGUGGAUGCUAAUACACUCCUUCAUUACACUAACGUUUUUGAUGCGAUCGUUGAUGCAGCAUAUUUUGCAAUGACCUAUCUGAACGUUACCAACGUCCCUAUUUUUGUGACCGAGUCUGGUUGGCCCUCUAAAGGCGACUCAUCUGAGCCAGAUGCAACACUUGAUAAUGCUAACAAUUACAACAGCAACUUGAUUAGGCAUGUGCUUAAUAACACAGGCACUCCCAAACAUCCUAGGAUUGCAGUUAGCACUUAUAUUUAUGAGCUCUAUAAUGAGGAUUUGAGAACUGGGCCAACAUCCGAAAAGAACUGGGGGCUUUUUGAUGCCAAUGGCAUGCCUGUUUAUACCUUACACUUAACUGGUGCCGGUACUGUACUGGCUAAUGACACCACAAACCAAACUUUUUGUGUUGCGAAGGAAGGUGCUGACAGGAAGAUGCUACAGGCUGCUCUUGAUUGGGCUUGUGGACCAGGAAAGGUUGAUUGCUCAUCCUUGUUACAAGGGCAGCCAUGUUAUGAGCCAGAUAACAUUGUUGCUCAUUCAACAUAUGCUUUCAAUGCUUAUUUCCAGAAGAUGGCCAAGUCUCCUGGUACUUGUGAUUUUAAAGGCGUGGCUACCAUCACCACAACGGACCCAAGUCAUGGUUCCUGUAUAUUUCCUGGAAGUGCUGGAAGAAAUGGCACUUUCCCAAAUGCAACUUCUCUGGCUCCAUCUACAAAUUCUUCGACUUCUGGUUGCAAUUCAGUAUAUUACUAUGGUGCCGGUUCUUUCACAACCUCUGUGAUUAUAGGUUUUUUACUAAUGAGCAUGUUCAAUUUGAAAUGCUUUUGCUGCAGAUUCUUCUAA